UUAACAGGAGCAACAUAGCUCACUAGUUUUAGUUUUCAUUAUCCGAAAUUCUUUCACCAUUUAACUGGCGCAGUCGGUAGGAUAGUGUUUUAAGUGUUCGCGAAACGUUAGUUUAAUUUCAGCAAUUGCGCCUGCGCGAACGAAUAUCGUGUAGUGGUGAUUAAUCUGACGAAACCGGACGCAACACUAGUUCCAGCUCUAAAAAUCUAUGGCGUGGAUACCAUUCCUGUAUUCGGCCUUUGCCAUCGCAUUCCUGUCAAUGUAUCUACCAAAAUCGAUUGCAUUUCCGCAACAAACAUCCAUACAACUCUACGACCUCAGCAACAAUCCCGGCCUCGUGACAUUGAGCCUGAACGAAGGAAGAAUAAAGACAGGAUCACACAAAAUAUUCCAUGUAAUCGAAUUAAAAAGUUUCGAGCCAACCUUUCACAAACUAGAGAAAAUUAUUGAAGGCCUUACCAUAUUUAAUCUAAAAGAAACUACAGACCUUGUUAAUCUAAAAUAUAACUCAAUCAAGAACACAUAUAACAACCUUAUCCCAAAACAAAGAAACAAAAGAGGUUUAAUCAACAUCCUAGGAAGCACCAUAAAAUUAAUAACAGGCAAUCUAGACAACAAUGAUCUAAUCGAAAUCAACAAUCAGUUGGAAACAUUAUUCAAAAACGAAGAAACAAUUGUUACACAAAACAACGAACAAAUAAAAAUCAAUAAACAAAUUGAAACCAAAAUGAAUAGAAUAAUCAAAAAGGUUAACGAGCAACAAGAUAUUUUAGUGAAAAACCUAAUAAAAUCAAGAGACGCUUAUGUAAACAAUAAAGGCUAUGCAGAACAGGCUACAAUCAUUAAAGAAGUCAUGAACCUGAACAUGGCACUAGAUUUAUUACGAGAACAAAUACAAAAUAUUUUUGAAAGCAUUCAACUAGCAAAAGCAAAGGUUAUCCAUUUGAACGUACUGACACCAGAGGAACUAAAUGAAGCGACCACAAUUUUAAGAAACAGCAACAUUACAAUCAACACAUUCGACCAAACCUACGAGUACCUUGAUCUAGCAGUAAUACACAAAGAUACGAAAAUAAUAUUUGUGAUUUCAGUCCCAAAUCUCAAACCAUCCACAUUUAAGCCGGGUUCAGACGGUGCGAGCAAGCAUACGAGUCGGUCUAGUCAGUUACUGCAGUGCAGCUACUCACACCGUGUGAACACAUCAUGCCAGUUAUUGUCAUGUGUGAUCCGGCGUGCGAGCUACUUCAAAGUUUUUUGAAUUUACUCGCACUCGCAUGCUUCAAAACGUCAAAAACAGAAUUUAGCGUUCGAAUCAGGGAUGCCAAAUGUAAAGAAAUGUCUCUAUUUUUAAGAUAUUUGAAAAUAUGCGAAGAUAUUUAUAGACUUGAAAAUUAUUGGAAAAACAAAUAAAACCCUCAUAGUUUCUUAACGAAAUCAUUGUUAUUCUGUUUUGCACGCUGGCGGGGCACGCUUUCUUUUUGAGAUAGUUUUCUGGAGAAUGUCUAAUAUAGAAUCAUUAUCAGGCACAA